UUUAUAAUCACAAAAUAUAAACAAGCGUGGCUAAGUAAGCGAGGAGCACGUUUUCAUCCGGAACAUUGAGUUUUAAUUCUUCCUCAGUGAAGCUAUUUUGCCGAGAGGACUAGAACGUUUAAUUCAUACUAAAUAUCUCAACAUCUCAUAAUGGCUGGAGAAGAAGUCAACCCAAAAGCAUUCCCAUUGGCUGAUCCUGCAUUGUCAAAAUCAAUUUUAAACCUAGUUCAGCAAGCCUCUCAUUACAAGCAGUUAAGGAAAGGCGCGAAUGAAGCUACUAAGACCUUGAAUCGUGGGUUGUCGGAGUUCAUUGUAAUGGCAGCAGAUGCUGAGCCAUUGGAGAUCCUCCUUCACUUGCCUCUGCUGUGUGAAGACAAGAAUGUUCCGUAUGUGUUUGUGAGGUCCAAAGAUGCACUGGGAAGAGCAUGUGGGGUGUCUAGGCCAGUGAUUGCUUGUUCGGUUACCAUCAACGAGGGCUCACAACUCAAGCAGCAGAUCCAAUCCCUGCAAGUCAGCAUCGAAAAACUCCUCAUUUAAAGGGCGCUUUUAAUCGAGCGUCUCACAGACUUCUGUUUAAGGCUACCUUCUUUUAAGUGUAC